UUAAUUUGGCGACCACGAAUACGCGCGCAGCACGGACGGCAUAAAGUUCGUCCGAGAGCCCAGUCAUGUUUGUGGGGUAGUCGGAUUAGUAUAUAUUAUAAUCGUCCGCUGGCGGCCGCGGCAACGGUGCAUGUUCGAAUCGAGAAAUGGAAAAGUAUAAAAACUAAAAACGUUUGAUUUUUUUUUUCAAUUUUUCCUUCUCAUUUUCAAACAUUCCAGUGUUUUUUUAACUUUUAUUUUGUCACGUCUAAAUAUAUUAUUAUAUCAGCUAUAUAUACUCGUCCACCACAACUAUAUACCAUACUCAUCGCAUCGCUCUGCUAGGCUAUAGUAGUACUUAAAUACAGACAUACAGUUAUAGCUAUGCACUUACCUACUUAAUAUCUAAAUGUCUCAUAAUAACAAAAACGACAACCUUAUUACAAACCAUGGAAGUCACCUAGUUGCUUCGAAACGUUCGAAUAUGUUAGACGUAGAAGAAAAAUGUAGUAAAUUGAACAUAAUAUAUGAACAGCCAACAUCACCACAGUCACCACAAAGAGAACAGAGAGAAGAAUGGGGUAACAAACUUGACUUUUUGUUUUCGUGUAUUAGUGUAUCUGUUGGCUUAGGAAACGUGUGGAGAUUUCCAUACUUAUGCUACAAACAUGGCGGGGGGGCAUUUUUAGUGACUUACUUUAUAGCCAUGAUAUUUUGUGGAAUACCGAUUUUUUUUCAAGAAGUGGCUAUCGGACAGUAUUUGGGUUCUGGCGGGAUGACGUUGGUUGGAAAGUUAUGUCCAAUACUUUCUGGUACUGGUUACGCUACAAUGACUAUAGUUUUCUUACUAGAUGUGUAUUAUUGCGUUAUUGUAGCAUGGACAUUUUUUUACUUGGCAAGUUGUUUCAUAUCAUAUCCAACUUUGCCGUGGGAAAAUUGUAACAAUUGGUGGAACACAGACAAUUGUUUGAUGCCAAAUAGUGUUAAUAUGACCCACGAGCCUUUUAGUACGGAUACAAUAAAACGUAUGUUUAAUACAUCUUUGACGCUCAAUCACAAUAUAGAUUCGUGGAAUCAAAUGUAUUUCAAUAAAACGAAUGAAUUACAAGGUAAUAUUUUCAAAAACGAUGGUCAACUGACGGAAUUCUGUCACACUAUUAAGUCGUUAUCGUAUGCUGAUGUUUCAUUAAAUUUCACCGGCAUAGAAACAAAUAUUUCGUCUGUCCUUCGUCCAGGACAAGGUGUUGACUUUUUGAAUCAACUUCGAAAUUGUUUUAAUGUAACGACUGUGACACCAGCUGAAGAGUAUUGGGAGAGAAGAGUGCUCAUGCUGACAAGUGGUAUUGAAAAUAUCGGAGGAAUGCAGUGGGAACUAUUGUGCUUAUUAGGAGUAUCGUGGAUCUUGAUUUAUACCAUAUUGGGGAAAGGUCUUAGUCAGAGUGGAAAGAUAGUGUGGUUCAUUGCAAUGUUUCCAUAUUUAAUAAUGGGAGCAUUACUGAUUAGAGCAGUGACGCUGGAAGGAGCUAGUGAAGGUAUCAGGUACUUAGUCACUCCAAGAUGGGAGAGUCUCUUGAAUUCAGACACAUGGAUAGAAGGGACAACACAAAUAUUCUUUGGCUAUAGUGUUGGUGUUGGCACUUUACCAGCUCUCGGAUCAUUCAACAGAUUUCAUCACAAUUGUUAUAGGGAUGCAGUAUUAACUUGUGUUAUUAACACGCUCACGUCUAUCAUACCCAGUGUAAUAACAUUCAGUAUAUUAGGUUUUAUUGCUGCUUCUCAGGGAACUACAGUUAGCGAUGUCGUGGAAAGUGGACCUGGUUUGGUAUUUAUAACGUAUCCACAAGUGGUGCUUCAGUUACCAGGAGCCAGAAUAUGGGCAGUUGUAUUCUUCGUCAUGCUUGCUAUGAUUGGUAUUGAUAGUGAGUUCUGCAAUGUCGAAUCAUUUAUAACCGGACUGACGGAUAAGUGGCCUAAGUACUUACACACUAAACGAAAAACUUUCACUUUGUUGGUGUGUAUAGGUAUGUUUGUGCUAAGUUCUUCCAUGGUGACUAACGGUGGAAUGUAUAUAUUUCAAUUAAUGGAUACAUAUUCAGCAUCCGGAAUAUCGUUGCUUUGGGUGUGUUUCUUUCAGACUAUAGCUAUUUCAUGGUUUUUUGGAGCUGAUAGAUUUCGCGAAUGCGUCAAUCAAAUGCUCGGUUUUCGACCAAAUUUGUUCUGGUAUAUCUGUUGGGUGUAUCUUGCACCUUUCGUCAUGAUUACGGUAUUUAUAUUUUUCAUCAUCAAGUAUGAACCAGUAAAGUAUGGGAAUCAUUAUACAUAUCCGUGGUGGGGUGAAGGAUUAGGAAUAAUAAUAUCGUUGAUUUCUAUGAUCUGGAUACCACUAUAUGCUGUUUACUACUUAAUGACGGAACCGGGGACUUUUAAACAAAAGCUCGAACGAGGUUUUACACCUAUUCCAGAAGUCAAAUGCAGAACUAAGAUAAAAAAAGAAACUAAAAACACUAUUGAUAGAAGAAUUAACAUACAAUUAAUGGAAUGUAGUGCAUUGGUAUACAGCUGUGAAAAUAAUGAUAGUAAAAAUCUAUGAACACCAAUUUUAGUUAACUAUAUAGCGUUUAAUGUUACAUUAUUCUUACAUUACAGAAGUAUUGUAGGUAUUUGUUUAUAAAUUCAUAUAGUUAACACUAAAACAAAAGUCUAUAUUUUUGAAAUAUAAUAUUGUAUUUAAUUUGUAAAAGUCGAUUUAUAAGAUAAUUAGUGUUUUUUAUAUUGGUUAAAUAAUUAAAACUAUUUAUAUGAUUAAUAUUAUAUAGUGCAGAUCUUAGGAGCAUUAUACAAUA